UGCCAGCAGCGAACGAGCAGAAAAGCACUGGGAGAAACCUGAGGCGAUUGCUCGUAACCACAUCGUCCAAGGGCCUCUCCAAAACCAUCAAAACGAGCGGUACUCCCCGCACCAACUGCACAACUUUGAACCUUUUUUUGUUUGAAGACAAAUGGUGAAAAACUACUCCAGGCUACAGCUCCACUGAGUCUAGUUUCACGCUUCCAAGGCCCCUUCUGGAAGUUUCUGACGUGUACGGCCCUCCACGGCCUCCGUCCGCAGCUUCACCUCUGGCUGUGGAACCACAGAUGCAUCGUUUCGUCCCACCAGAAGAGGGCGGUGUUAUCGCUCCUGUUUCACGGAGAAUCCCUGACUGGGGCUUGCCAGUGCUGCUGCCUCAUUAGCCUGUUCCCUCAGCGAGGAGUCCGGCGACUGGGCAGAGCCGUGACAGCCAGAUGCCACUGCUAAACUAAAGGUGGAGCCAAGUAGGUUCGACAUGUGCCUCCUCAACGGGCCCACCCAGAGACACCAGGGAAAAGUGCCUCAAAGCAGCCCAGCUUUAAUCUGGUUGCUGUGUGUGGUGGCUGGCCAGCUGGGCAUGGGGGUUGGCUGCCCGUCAGUAUGUAUCUGCAAUGGCACGAAAGUGGACUGUAGUGGUCGUGGCCUGGUCACCCUACCCACUCUCAACUUACCAGCCGGCACCCGUACCCUCCUACUGUCCAACAACCGACUGGCGUCGUUGCUGCCUGGCUCCUUCGCAAACCACAGUGGCUUGGAGCAUCUGGACCUCUCCAACAACUACCUGGAUGGCCUUCCAGCAGCCCUCUUUGAAGGACUUGGCAACCUAACAGAGCUGGAGUUACGCAACAACAGCCUGACCAUGCUGGACCGUGACCUCCUGAGGGGCCUGGGCCGCCUGCAGCGCCUCGACCUGUCGCUCAAUGGGCUGUCCUCUGUGCCCCUUGGUCUGCUGGACGAGCUUCCAGGCUUGGCCUGGCUCUCACUGGCUGGAAACCGGCUGCACGCACUGGAGAGGGCUGCUUUUGAGCCGCUGGCCGGCCUGCAGCAGCUCCACCUAGGUGGCAACCCUUGGGAAUGCGACUGCAACCUAAGGGACUUCAAGCACUGGAUGGAGUGGUUGCUGUAUAGAGGUGGGAGGGUGGAUGCUGUCGAGUGCACCCUCCCCAAGGACCUGCGUGGGCGGGACAUCAGGGGUGUACCAGUGGAGAUGUUCAACUACUGCCUCCAGCUGGAGGAUGAGAAUGGGGGGACACGAGGGGGCACGCCACCCUGCGGUAGGGCCAGCCCCCCAACUGCUGCCCAGCCCUCGGAGGGCCCACCCCCAGCGACAGCGGACUGUGUGCGACAGCGGUACCGGCCGGUAAGCGUAAGGCGGGCCAUCGGCACGGUGGUCAUUGCCGGUGUCGUGUGCGGCAUCGUGUGCAUCAUGAUGGUGGCAGCGGCUGCCUACGGCUGCAUCUAUGCAUCACUCAUGGCGAAGUACCAGCGCGAGCUGAAGAAGAGGCAGCCAUUGAUGGGGGACGGUGAUGGUGAUGGUGACCAGGAGGAGAAGCAGAUCUCCUCAGUGGCUUAGAGCAGAGGUGUAUUGAGAAGCCACAUGGAUGUCUCCUAUGAUGCGAUCCUGUUGGUCUUUUCUGUCUUGUCUUAUUCCAUGUUUGGAGGAUUACUUCCUUGCUCAGUCACUGGGCCGACUCCUGUCCUCCAGUCAACUCCCUGCCUAAAAUCUCUGUAAGGGGGUUCCUCCUCCUGUAACCAGCUUUCUGAAAGCCCGGUACCACUAGGCACAUUGGAGGGUCAGAAACAGACAUCAGUUUAUGCACUCGAAUUUUAACUGCUAUGAACCCCUUUAACAUGACAACACAGAGAACUGUGAAUGAAAACAAAGAAACCAUGACCCUCCGUACCCCUCACAUGUCUUCUGUUCGAAGCUCCUUGGCGGAAAUUUAAUAAAGGGAGGAUUAGAGGACCCCACUGUUUUCUUCUACUCUCCAGCUCGUCCCCUUUCGGAGAAGCGCAGUGUCAGGGAACUAGAAAUUUGUCCUCCAUCUUGAAGGCAUUACUGCAGCCUGAGCAGUUCCAGGCAGGUCUGCACUGGACCGCCAUGUCUCUCUGUCUCUGCAUCUGGAGCAUCUCAUCAGUGACAAUAAUACAGAUGAGCUUGUAUUUCGGAGAUCACCUCUAUACUGUACAGUAUAAUACCAUAUUCUCUGCCAUGUGAUAUGACCUCCAUUUCUUCUGUACAAUUUUCAUUUUCAUAUUUCAUCAUUAAUUUCUAAACUUUUUCAUCAAGGAGGAUUAAUUAUUGUCAUUAGUUUUUUAGCAUUUGGACAGAUCUUCAUAAGAAAAAUUAUAUACAGUAAAUGCUAAUGACAUUAGCAGUUCAUAGGUGAAUGCUGUUUUGUUUGUUACAUGUGUAUUAGAGCUGUAUUAAGCUAGAUCUCAGUCCAGUGGAUGGUAUUUCCAGUCACUCUUCCAGGUCACCUGACUAGAACAGGAGAAGCGGAAUACGCCUCCUGGGUAUUCUGUCACCACGGAGACAGGCUAGAAUUGGGGAGAUGGCUGAGGUUUUAAGAGAAAUGCUUCCUGUUCUGGAGGACAUGCAGGUCAGUCAAAAGACCCUCCUUUUUGCCACACACACACACACCCUGUUAUUUUGUGUUUUUUGUUCCUUUUUUUGAGAUUAGAGGUGUUGCAGCCUUUUAGAGGUUGAACAAUCAAGUCAGAUGUUUGUCUUGUGUUAUUGGACCACUUAGAACCACUGGAGUAGACAAGAGUUUCUUUUUGAUGUUCUUGAUAUGAGCAGCUUCCAUUCAGCCUCUCUCAGAGCACGCAACUCAUCUCACGUAGUUCCAGCAGCCCUACAGUUCUCUCUCCUCUUAACAGGCAGACAUUUUUAACUAAGUAACAUCAGUGACUGGUACAUUUUAUUAAAUGGUCUCUCAACCUACAGAAGGUACUAGAAAUUUACUCCUCUGUAAAGGUCUGUUAUUAAUAAAUAAAAUAUAGAAUAAAGCAGGUUUUCAACCCAGAACACUCCAACAUAAGGGAUGUAAUCAGGUCCGAGAUGUAUUUUUUAUGCCCUUCAGUGCUGACGAUGCUGCAGAGGGGACUAGACGUGGAAUUCUUGACCUGAAUCUGUCCUGAUUCUGUGUAAUACAAAUGGUCCCUGCAGCUGUCUGCACACAUCAAACACAAGUGGGACAAGGGAUGGACUGGGGCACAGGAGAAAAGAAAAAGAACUUGUGCAGGUAAAUCAGAGCUGGCCUAUUGGGCUUCACUAUCAGUCUUCCUGUGAUGCUGCUUGCUGCUAGCUCCAGCCACAUAGGUGCUGGCUCUGUACUGUAUUUAAAGAGUCCUCUGACAGAACCUCUCAGCAUGGGUGAAACUCUACCCACAACACUUGCACCCUAUCUUGUUCUACUUCAACACUCAGUCCCCUUCUGCCACUGUUAUACACACACACACACACACACACACACACACACACACAGAGGGUCUCUACACAGCCGCUGACCGUCUGACGGCAGAAGGAGGGAAUGACUUGGACACGAGAGGCACUUGUUUCAGAAUUUCUCAUGGUCUUGGCUGUAAGUGUUGUGAUUUACGCCAGCAAAAUUGUUUUUUUUUGUCUCAGAGUGGUGCAUUUUGGAAUCAUUAUUCAAAAGGCAUUUUUUUAUUUGACUGUAUGCUAUGCAAACCUGUGAAGCUCCUGGAAUAGGGCUGGGAUGUUUGGAAGGAGUGGCAGUUGGAUAGACUUGAGAUGUAAUUAAAACAAUAAUACAUUUAGAAAAAUUUGCCUAAUGCUGACCAUGUUAGGGUCAUAUCUCACAGAGGUUGUGAUGUGCUAUGAGACAUAUUUUAUUAAUAAUAUUGUUUGUUUAAUACCAAGAAACCAUAGGCCUGAAAACAGACGCUUUAAAAAAAUAAAAUAUUGAUGUCUAUCGUGCAUUCAACAAAUUUUUUUUUCCCUGAUUCAGAAUAAUUGUAACUCUCACUUCAAAUGGUGCUCUAGUACUGUCGAUUUCAUGCGGGAGAAAACCUCACAAAAAAAACAAGGACCUGAUCAACACUGGACACGCAUUUGGGAUUUACAAAGUGGAAAGCAGCUCCUUUCAAGAAACUACAGCGCCACCUGCAGGCACCAAUGAGAACAGCACACAGAGCAGCAGUGCAAAGCAGACACAAUAUUCAGGAAACUUUAGAAUCGUCAAUGUGUUGCUAACUACAUCUUGCUUGGAAAACAUGAAUAAACCACUAAUCCGAUUUGAAAAAUAAUGGCCCAUAAGACAUCAGUGAGAUUCACAAACUAUGUAUUGUAACAGGGUGUUUGGUCAGUAUUCAGUCUAUUUGCAUUUCUUACCAAAGAAAAUGCCAGAAUAAUACAACAUGUAACCUUUUACAGCUGAAGUGUGUUAUGUUUCUGUGAAUAGUGUGUCUUUGUGUCUGUUGUUAUUUCAUAAAUUAUCCUAAAAUUACAUUUACCAGUUAACCUUGAGCGUGUAGAAAUAUCUUGAGCGGUAUAUUUAAAAAAUCUAUAAAACCUAUAGAAUAAUCUAAAACCUCAGAGUGACUCUGUGCUAAACCCAGUGUUACUUGUAUUGUUUGUGAAAUAACAAUCGUAGAAAAUACUAAGAUGAUUGUUGUUACUGAAAUGGCCCCUCCCUGUGUACAGCCCAUGUUGAGAAGGCUUUAAUUUGCAGCUUUUUAGAAACGUAAAGGACGAGGAUAAGCACUGAAUUAUUGGUGAUUUGUUUUGAGGCCACAAAAUGCACUUUAUGGAUGCUUAACACGCUAACAGUCAUGUAAAACAAGACUAUUUAGCAUUCAGCAAGAGAGCAGCCAACUGUAUAACAACAAAGCACUUUUAGUGUUUGCAAGUAUUGCUGUAAAGAUAAACUUUAAAACCAGAUACUUAAGCUAGAAGUUAUGGAGCAAAUAGCACAGAAUUUUUUCUCAGCCUCCUCUUUGUUAUGGUUGCAUCUUUCUUCCCCUUUGCCACAUCUCCCAAUGUUGACCUCUUAGCGGUUACUGAGCGCCAUAUCACGCUCCAAUCCAUGACUAACUAUGAUUCACUGUGUGUGGCCAGUUGGAGAAGGAUAGCUUCUCCAUUUCUGCUCUCGUGUGUUUAGACAGAGGGAGCUUCCCUGUGAAACAGGCUCUGUGCAUCUCCUUCCAGUUUAAUCAUGUGUUUGAUUAUUUAUUAGGUUUAUCUUCUUCCGUUAUUUUUUCUAAAGAUGUUAUAAAGAAGUUAUAUGGGAUGAAACAAAUUGCCUCUUUAUUUUUUGCUCAAUAUUAAAACUUGUUUGAAAUACUGUUUGUUG